UUAUAAGAGCCAAACGCACAAUUAACAACGUUUAUCCACAAACUAACGUAUUUGGGAUUAUUGUUGGCAAUUGUAUCUAAAUUCAGACACUAAACAGUAAAAAACUGGAUGUGUAUUUUAUUUAAUUUGUGAACCCUUAAUGGUUAUUAUAUAAUUAGUUAAAUAUCGAUUUACAGGCUGCGACAUGGUACAUUUUAAGCAGCUCAGCCACUGCGCGCUCAGUUCGGCUCAAACACAAUAAUGCGAUGAGGAGCAGAAUCUAAAUUUGUUAUCUCUUUUCUUCUUUCUGAGAUAGAGGCAGAACAGGGAGGGGAGAGGAGAGGGUUGGAGGCACUGAGGAAGAGGAGCUGGGGGGGAAAGGCGGAACAAACCGGUGAGCUCGGAUACAUGCUGUAGCUGCUCGCCCGCACUGCAGAUUAACUCUUUCCGUCCCGGGAGAUGCAGCAAGACAUGGAAAGGAUUGGUCAGAGCUUCUGCUUACCAAAACUCUUGUAACAAAUCUUCAACCUGUAAUCACUCUCCUGGGGGAACACAGGAACACCUCCUAAACUCAGCUCAUUCUUCAAACUGCCACACAGUGCGUGGACUGGAGCAAGACUCUGAGGAGACAGGGCAAAACACAGAGAUGUACGCAGGCAAGGCUGACUGGGAGGACUGCUAGUGAACAUCAUGUCUGCUCCUUUGUUAAGAGUCUAGCUGGAUGCAUCUGGAGGAGCCAGAGCUCUGAAGCACAUAAACAUCUCAGUAUGAUCCAUUACUUACCCACAUAUGGUACAGAGGGCUGAAGCUAGCCACACCUUCCAGUGUGUAUGUGUGCAUCGCUCUGUUUCGACGAGUACCUAACUACAGCAGGGAGCAUUCAGUCUCACCUCUGUCACUGAGAGGACAGUAGAGUGCAUUCCUCUUGUUCCGCAUGCAGAACAUUCUUGACCAAAAUUUAGACAUGGCCACAGCGCUUCUCGCAGGCGAAAAGCUGAAGGAGCUGAUCCUGCCGGGCUCCUCUCAGGAUGAGAAGGGUGGGGCACUGGCCGGCCUCAUGGUGCAACUCAAACUGGAGCUGCCCUUUGAUCGUGUUGUUACUAUAGGGACGGUCAUCAUCCCCAUCCUCCUGGUCACCCUCGUCUUCACAAGAAACUUUGCAGAGGAGUCUAUAUACUGUUACACACCACACAACUUCACCCGAGACCAGGCACUGUAUGCGAGGGGCUACUGCUGGACAGAGCUCCGAGAUGCUAUUCCUGAUAAGGAGCCUGCUCAUUGGCCUUCACUGUUUGAACACAAGUUUUUACCCUAUGCUCUGCUGGCCUUUGCUGGAAUCAUGUACAUUCCUGCUUUGGGCUGGGAGUUCCUUGCCUCUACGCGGCUCACAUCGGAGCUCAAUUUCCUGCUUCAAGAGAUUGACAACUGCUACCAUAGAGCUGCUGAGGGCCGAGCCCCAAAGAUUGAGAAACAAAUUCAAUCCAAAGGACCUGGCAUAACUGAGCGAGAGAGGAGGGAGAUCAUAGAGAAUGCAGAAAAGGAGAAGAGCCCUGAACAGAAUCUGUUUGAAAAAUAUUUAGAGAGACGAGGCCAAAGUAACUUUUUGGCUAAGAUUUACCUGGCACGUCACCUGGCUAUUAUCUGCCUUAGUUCCAUCCCCAUUUCCUACCUUAGCGCAUACUAUGCCCGCCAAAGGCAGAAUGAAUUCACCUGCGCACUAGGAGAACCCCCAGACAUUAGCAGCUAUCCAGAGCUGAAGCUCAGGGUCAACUGUAAGCUGCCUGCUGUGCAGCUGCAGCGCAUCAUGGCCGCUGUGGACAUAGCUCUGCUCUGCACCAUGAACCUCAUUAUUCUGCUUAACUUGCUGCACUUGUUUGUGGUGCGCAAGUCCAACUUUGUAUUUGACAAACUGCAUAAAGUUGGAAUUAAAACACGGCGCCGCUGGCAGAAGUCUCAGUUCUGUGACAUUAACAUCCUGGCCAUGUUCUGCAAUGAGAAUAGGGACCACAUCAAGUCAUUAAACAGACUGGACUUCAUCACUAAUGAGAGUGACCUCAUGUACGACAACGUGGUCAGGCAGCUGUUGGCUGCACUUGCACAGUCCAAUCAUGAUGCCACACCCACUGUGAGAGACUCUGGCAUACAGACAAUUGAUCCCAACAUGGAUCCUUCUGAUCUCAGAGUGGGAGAGAUGGGUGGGGAGCCACUGGUCAUCAAACGGCCCCGUAAGAAGAUUAAAUGGAUUCCAACCUCAAACCCCCUUCCUCAGCCAUUCAAGGAACCACUUACCCUGACUCGUUUGGAAAAUAACAACAAGCCUGAAAAACCAAAACCAGUCAGACGCAAAACAGUAGCAGACAGCUUCAUGGCCCCACUUCUGGAUAACAAGAGCACACAACUUUCGUCAACAAAAGAUUUGGGUGGAAUGGAGAAGAAGCAUGCACGCAACUUCUCCCUGGAUGUUCAUCCGUAUAUGCUGACGAUUCGUAAGCCAAAGGUGGAAGCCACAACCACAGAACCACUCCCCUCAGAGCACAACAUGGACACAGUGUACCUAGAAGGCACACACACUAUUGUUCAUGUGUCGGGAGCAAUUACAGAAACUAAGGUUUGCUCUCCAGAAUCGACUAACACUGCCUUUAAUACAGUGACUCUUCCGACCACCACUUAUGUAAAUGGUGUGAGUCCAAACCCUCCAUCUAGUGAGGAUGCACUUAGUCCCAAGACCUCCCCUGCACAAGCAGAGCCUCUGACUCAAACGGAAAACCUUGAGACUCAACCUCCACCCCUGACCAAAGCCUCCGCACACCAACUGCUAAGCAUACAUCAUACUCUCUUUGAGGAAGAAGAGGAUGAACAAAAUAGGAGGGACAGGCUGUCAGAGAGAGCUGGGGAGCUCAUUGCUGCUGGAGAAUGUUGAAGAAGGAGGAGGCUGAGAUUUCCUUUCCUAUCAGUGAACACUAUGAUCAUUACUGCAAAGUCAAUCACCUCCCACUACCAGCCAUUCCUUCUUCUUCUAUGAAAUAGCUCAUAUACUUUUGUGAUGGAUGGAUUGGGUGAACUGACAGGAAGAGAUAGGACAGCAAGAAAAAGACAUGGAAAAAGAAAACAUGAAAAUAAAAAAAAGACAAUUUAGGAGCAGAUAACAGGAAACUUGUAUUUGCUAGUGUUGACCAGUGUAUUACUGUAGGAAUUGAUGUCACAUUUAUGUCUCAGGAUGACUGUGUUCAGCUGAUCACCCACCAAUAAAACCAGCAGUGAUAUAAUUCAACAGGGUGCUACAGUGCAGGGUCAAAAAAGCUAUAAUGAAAAGGCACAAGAAAGAAAAAUGAAUGAACUUUCUAAUUUGUUCUAAUUACAUUAAAAAAGGCAGUCUCUUUAUGAAUGCAUAUUUGCAAAAAAAAAAAAAAAGACUGCAUUAUGACUUUAAACAAAAUGUAUUUUAAAACACGCUUUCUCCCUUUAUCCCUAUAGCCAAGUAGAAAGGUAGCUCACGCAAUACAGUUGUUGAGAUCUGCACAAUUAAUAUGCAAAAGAUCACAACAUGUUUGUGGCAAUAAUGUAUGCGCUUAGAGCAUUAUACUUCACAAAACGCUACACAUGUAUACACACUGUGUAUGACUCAGUGUUUAGUACCAUAUUUAAUGCUUGUCAUUAUCAUUUCACCAUUGCUACUUGACUAUAUGAACACGUAAUCACUAACAAGCAAAUUGGCUAAUUUAAUGACUGUGAAACAAACUGGAACAUCAACACUACUGAGAUAAACUUUCAGAUGUGUCUAAUUAGAGAGCUUUUGAAAUCAAGGGAAUGUAUCAGUAGCAGCUCAUUAUGAUGAAAGAAGCUGGACUCAUAGGUUAUUAACUUUUCUGCUGGCUUCUUGCAGGAGUGGCGCAAUGUGUGGUGAACGAUCGAUGGGUAGAUGUUGAUUUGUUCCUCAUUGUAGGGUUUAUUACACAAUGAGUAAGCUUUUUGAUAAUCUGCUGGUCUGACACAAUCUACCAUUUUUCUGUAAAUAUAAUCUCAAAGGAAUUUGUAGCUAGAAUACUUUCUCUGAUAUUUGUAGGAAAACCUAGCAUAUAUACUGCAGGUAUUAUAGCCUUUUUCACAGGUAAUGAGUCGGUGAACAAGGGGAUUGGUGCCUA